AUGUCUUAUUACUCUUCCGAUCAUUCUUGUAACCAUUAUAUUACAAGAGGAAGGACACAAGUAUGCGUCUCAGAUGCAGCUUGGGCUUUCGUAGGUCCUCCAUACGGUUUCAUUCUUCUUUUCGUUGUUCCAUGGGUAAUUAGUAUAAUAUUUUGGCUCAUUGCAUAUUAUAAGAAUCGCAAAGUUCAUGUUCCAUUCUGGUAUUUAAUCGUUUCUUUGUUACAAAAUUUUGCGCUGGCACUUAUCGUUUUUGGAAUAAUGCAUGUAUUAAUAGAAGGAUCUGGCAUGUAUUUGGCCUGCCUAAUGUUCGGAUUUAUAAUAGUACUUGGAUCAAAUCUCAUAUCGUUAGUUCAGUCUAGUAAGAUUCCAAUUAAUGUAAAAAUUAGGGGCCUUUUAUUAAUUAGAAUGCUUUUAUUUAAAGCCUUCUGCAAAUGUUGCUGCGAAUUCUCUUUAAGACAAAUCCCAAAACAAUGCAUAAUGAAAGAAGAAAAAGUUUCCAAAAUUCGUGAAAGAAUUGCUGGAAACCCACCUAUUCUAGUGAUGCGUAUAAAGAGUGGCUUUGCAAAUACAAAACUCGGUUAUUGCCUUAAUGAGCCUCUUAUAUAUGGAUCCUGGGAGGGUAAUGAUGACAUUAAUCUAGACAUAGAUGAUGGAAUCACAAUUGUUAAAGUUAAAACAGAAUUAGAAGUUUCAGAAGAAGUACUUGGUUAUUUCAAUCUGGCAAAGCCCGAAUAUUUCAAGAAAUUGCGGGCCAUAAACAUUGCAAUAGCCAGGAUGAAUCCCAAACGUCAUAAAAAAGCAAUUUGGUUAGGCGAUCCAGAAGUUGAACUUGCAGCAGAGAUUUACAAGGUGCCAAAUCAUUUCUCAACCUGCUAUAAAAGCAAAUACGUCAAGUUCUUCAACUCUUGCUUUGGCAAAUUCCUCUACAGAGUUUUUAUGCUUUUCGGAUUUUCAAUUUUGUUUGAUGAUAUCUUCAUCAUGCUGGCCAAGUACCAGAAGAUCACCGUUAAAAGGAAAGUCGCCGCCGAUGGGUCCUUAAGAAUCCCAGCAUACAAAUCAAAUAAACAAUUUUCUCAGGAAGAGUACACUGCCGAUACAUUAAACUACGGUAUAACGGCAAACCAGAACCCAACCUACUUACUUGUAUACAAUGCUGAAAUUCAAAAGUAUCAAUACAAUAAUCAAUACACACUUGCAUCUUCACCUUAUGGCUCAGAUUUCCAGCCAGAGUACGGAAUUCCACCACAACAGGGAGCUUAUCCACCACAGCAGGAAUAUCCGGAUAAUUAUCAGAUGCCACCUCAACAGGGAGGAUAUCCACCACAACAAGGAGGAUACCAACAUCAAGGAAAUUACCCACCGCCUCAAGGAUACCAACCUCAACAGGGCGGAUAUCCACAACAACAACAAAAUUACGGAGCUCCUCCGCCACCACCACCUCCUAGUCAGGAACAACUAGAAACUAAGAAUGACAAUGAGCAAGUUUAA